UUGAAAGCUUACAUCUUUAUUUGCAUUACUUCAAUGUGAGGCACAUCGGUUAGCCCCAAAGCCACAAGUAUGGCCGAAAUUGGCUCCCACAUGCAGUUCCACUUCAACGCCUGCGCACUCACCUGCCGAAUUGCCUUUUGGCCAAACUGGGCAGGAAUUCUGGAUAUGCAAACAGUUGCUUUCCACCUGUCGUUGGCCACGAAUCCUGCGGAAUAAUCUUUGCGGCUUAUCACGAACUUAAAUUGUCCACUAAUUACGAAAACCGGAGUAUCAAAGGCUGCCAAUUAACAAGUCUUAAAUCAGAAGUUGUAAUGAAUGGAACAAGAAGUUCUACAGCGCUAGACUGCGGACAGUAAUCUGCGGGCAUCUAAAAGAUACAGUGGCUGUAUUAUACGAUAGCGCAGCGCGGAUUUCUCGCAAUCCAUAAAAAAUUAAACGGAAAUCGUCGUGUGCCAUGGGUUAUUCUAAAUUCAGCGGCAGCCGUUAAAACAAUAAUUUUACACAAAAUAAACAACAACAACAACAAAUUUGGUUUCAAAAUGAAUUUAUCGACAGAAUCAACAUUUUUAGAUUUAAAUACAAGUCUAAGCAAUACGCCAAGUUCAUAUGCAACUAGUGUUAGUUGGUUACCAUCCCAAGGAUUAGAAGCAGAGGAUUACUAUGCCUGCGGCACCUUUAAUUGCUCCCCCACAGAGUUUGUGGCUUUUGUGCUUGGGCCGCAGACCUUGCCACUUUAUAAGGCAAUUUUGAUAACAAUUAUAUUUGGAGGCAUUUUUUUAACCGGUGUCAUUGGCAAUCUGUUGGUAUGCAUUGUGAUUAUUCGACACUCUGCAAUGCACACGGCGACAAAUUACUAUCUCUUCAGCUUGGCUGUCUCAGAUUUGCUGUACUUACUCUUUGGACUGCCAACGGAAGUGUUUUUAUACUGGCACCAGUAUCCAGAUCUCUUCGGCAUGCCAUUUUGCAAAAUUCGAGCAUUUAUUUCCGAGGCAUGCACUUAUGUCUCCGUAUUUACCAUCGUGGCGUUUUCCAUGGAAAGAUUUUUGGCCAUUUGUCAUCCAUUGCAUUUAUAUGCCAUGGUUGGCUUCAAACGAGCUAUUCGCAUAAUAACAGCUCUUUGGAUUGCAAGUUUCAUUAGUGCCAUACCAUUUGGACUCCUCUCAGAUAUUCAAUACCUUAAAUAUCCUUUGGAUGACUCCCGCAUUGAGGAAUCUGCAUUCUGUUCCAUGUCCCCUGAGAUUGUGAAUGUCAUACCAGUGUUCGAAGUAUCCUUCUGCAUAUUCUUCGUCAUUCCGAUGAUACUCAUAAUAUUACUUUACGGCCGAAUGGGAGCUAAGAUUCGAUCUCGAACAAAUCAGAAAUUGGGUGUUCAACACGGCAAUAACAGAGAAACACGAAACUCACAAAUGAGAAAGAAGACAGUAAUACGAAUGUUGGCCGCAGUGGUGAUAACAUUUUUUGUGUGCUGGUUUCCGUUUCACCUGCAACGACUUAUUUUUCUCUAUGCCAAGGAUAUGGACAACUAUUUGGAUAUAAACGAAGCGCUCUUUUCUAUUGCGGGCUUUGCCUACUAUGUUUCAUGCACCAUAAACCCAAUCGUAUAUAGUGUAAUGUCACGUCGGUAUAGGGUCGCAUUUAGAGAACUUCUCUGCGGAAAAGCCGUGGGUGCAUACUAUAAUAGUGCUUUUGCAAGGGAUCACUCCAGUUUCCGCGAAAGUACAGCCACAACUAUGGGUAACAACAUAAAUUACGACCGUGUGCAUUCCGUUCAUGUGAGAUCAAGUCGGCAUCAAAAUAACAAAAACGAGGCAGAUUCCAUAUCUGCAAGUAGAAUGUUGAUUAAAAAAACAUACAGUCUACCGCUACCAAAGAAUGCGGACUCCACCGUUCUAAGUACAGACAUUGUAAUUGUGCUGGAAAAUAGCACCUCAGCUCGUCACACGGUUUGUGGAGGGGCCCAAGUUGAAAACGAUAUUUGGAUCGAAAACGAGGAGACUUGUAUUUAAGCCGAGUCCAUUUCAACAAGUCUAGUGUAAACUAAUUACGCCGAGUGAAAACCGAAGGUUAUGUGCACACCCUUUUAUGUAGGUUUAAUUUAAGGACUAUGUUUUGUCCAUGUAGCAUAUUUAGGUCCAAAUUAAUUAGUCUGUUUUAGGAAUCUGACUAAUUUGGCAGCACAACAGGAGAUUAAAUUAUUCCCACCACAACUCUUCUAUUCAAUAAAAAAUGUAAUGUAUUUUAUAACUUCUUUAAAGUGUGGUUGAGCUAAUAAUAAGUUAUUUUUGUACUUUUCCAGCUUUACAAUUUUCAACACAAAAAUAUCACAGUUGCUUGAAACUUGAUAAACUGAAACUUCAAAACCAACCUAUAAUAACAGGGCUUUUAUGAAUGAAUACAUUAACAAAUGUUUACGGUUUCGAACGUUUUGCAUAACAAUGAUCGAAAUUAUCGUUUUCAUGGCUUGUUCUCUUUGAAAAAAAAAAUAAGCAAUGCCAAAUUGACGACAAAAGCGAAAGUUGUACCCAUUAUCCCAGUAUCUAUAAUUAAACAAAAUUUUCACUUUUUCUUGAUGAUUAAAAGCCAGUGGUAAAUAAACACUAAAUUUCAAAAUCACUUCUUCAGCGAUCUGGCAUUCUUUAUGAGCUAAUUAGAGGUUGAACAUUGAGGAAUUUCCGAAUUACGCAUAGGGUUUCCAAAAUAUUUCUCUGAU